AAUUCCAAACGAAAUUUCCAAACUAAUUAGAGUCCAAAUGAUCGAUUGGUAUACAUACACUCCAUGUAACUCGCAUAGUUCUUGCUUCUAGUGAAGUGUGAAAGGGUUUGAGGUGAAAGGCUUUCAGAGUGCCUUCUUAUUAUAGGGAACGAAUGUAAAGUAAAAAUUUUUACAGUUUUUACUCUACUUUUUAGUCGAAAUUGGAAUCUUGCUAGUUGGAAAAAUAGAAUCUUGCAAGUUGGAAAUUUCUGGUAAGAUAAUCAUGGAGUCACGGAUUCAAUCGCUGCAACUAACGAGUGAUUUCAUUGGUCUGUGACGCAAUCCUUGGGUAACGUUAUGAAAGCAACAUUUUUUUUCUAUGGACUGGCCUUUUUUAGACUGAUCUAGAGUGAUACCAAACAUUUACACAAGUGAGUGAGAGAGAGAGAGAGUGGCAGAGAACAUGGAGUCUGGGAAACUAAGGCUUCUUGCUCUGCUGCCAAUUCUUGCAUCUCUCAUUCUUCUCUGUUCCGAUCGUCUUCCCCAGUUUGUUCGACAAUCCAAGAGAAUCAACUGCAGCCUUGUACAGCAAAGGCAUUACUGGAUAGCUAGCAAGCGUAUUGUGACGCCAGAUGCAAUGGUUUCUGGUGCAGUUGAAGUGAAAGACGAGAAGAUUGUAGCUGUUGUUGAGGGAGAUGAUUGGCGUGGGAAUGCCUGGUCUCACCAAAUAAUUGAUUAUGGGGAGGCUGUUGUUAUGCCCGGGCUGAUCGAUGUGCAUGCACAUCUUGACGACCCUGGAAGAACCGAAUGGGAAGGAUUUCCUUCAGGGACAAUGGCAGCUGUUGCUGGUGGUAUCACAACAUUGAUUGACAUGCCUUUGAAUAGCUAUCCAUCUACAGUUUCAGAAGAGACACUCAAUCUUAAGGUCCAGGCAGCUCAAGGGAGGAUCUUCGUUGAUGUUGGUUUUUGGGGAGGUCUGGUUCCGGAAAAUGCAUUCAAUUCAACAGCUUUGGAGCGUCUUCUUGAAGCUGGAGCACUUGGCCUCAAGUCUUUCAUGUGCCCCUCGGGAAUCAAUGACUUUCCCAUGACGAAUUCCAGCCAUAUAAGGGAAGGGCUGUCUGUACUGGCAAAAUAUAGAAGACCACUCCUUGUGCACGCUGAGAUUCCUCAAGAGCUGGAUAUGUCAGAUGAAGGUGCUGCAAAUCCUAGAUCGUAUUCCACGUAUCUCAAGACUCGGCCCGCUUCAUGGGAAGAAGCUGCAAUAAGAGAGCUGUUAAAAGUAAGUAAAAAUACUAGAGGUGGAGGUGUUGCUGAGGGUGCUCAUCUCCACAUUGUUCAUUUGGCUGAUGCUGGAUCCUCUUUAGACCUUAUAAAGGAAGCUAAGAGUAGCGGUGAUAGCAUAAGCGUAGAGACGUGCCCCCACUAUUUGGCCUUCUCAGCUGAAGAAAUCGCAGAUGGAGAUACACGCUUCAAGUGCGCUCCACCAAUCCGUGAUGUUCAUAAUAGAGAGAAGCUCUGGGAAGCUUUGCUGGAUGGAGAGAUCGAUAUGUUGAGUUCGGAUCACUCGCCCUCAGCUCCGGAGCUGAAGCUGUUCGAGGAGGGUGAUUUCCUGAGGGCGUGGGGCGGUGUAUCUUCACUGCAGUUUGUUCUACCGGUGACAUGGUCGUACGGACGCAAACACGGGAUCAGUCUCCGUCAGUUGGUUACGUGGUGGAGUGAGAAGCCGGCGAAACUGGCUUCCCAGCAUCUCAAGGGGGCGAUCGCAGCCGGAAAUUAUGCAGAUAUCGUGGCUUGGGAUCCUGAUGUGGAAUUUGAAGUAGACGAUGAUCACCCCGUAUACCUUAAGCAUCGGAACAUUUCAGCAUACAUGGGAUCCAAACUGGCGGGAAAAGUAGUAGCAACUUUUGGAAGAGGCAAUCUCGUUUACCAAACUGGAAAGCAUGCUCCGGCGGCCUGCGGCGUCCCCAUCUUGGCUAAAUCACCACACCAUACUAUUUGUUAGUUGCCAACUGCUGCAAUUUCUGCAACUCUCCAUAAAUAUAAUGAACUCUUGGGACCAUUUCAUUUGUAAUGGGACAGAGGGAAUAUACAAUAAUUUAUAAACUGAAAAAUUAGCAUAUCAUAUAUUAUACUCCCUCCGUCCCAGUUUUAGAGUGACAUUUUGCCAAAAAAGUCCGUCCCAGUUUUAGAGUUACAUUUACAAUUUUCCAUUUUUGGACAUAGAAAUUUACCCUAUUAUUCAACAAAA